UUGGAUGGCCGUUCCGUAAUUUAUCUAAAGACGGUGGCAGUUUUGUAGUUGGACGCUAAACCGAUGGCGUUUUAGGAAUCAUCGCCGCAGUACAAAGGGAAGGAAACCAUCUUUCGCUCUGCAAAGUGCAGAAAGCAGAGGUAGAUUUGAGGUGAAAGAGAGAGAGAGAGACACAGAAGAGAAAAUCAUGGAUUCGGACUACGGUGUUCCCAGAGAACUCUCAGAUCUCCAGAAGCAUCACGCUCUCUACCAGCCAGAGCUCCCUCCCUGCCUUCAGGGAACUACAGUGAGAGUAGAGUUUGGUGAUUCCACCACUGCUGCAGAUCCUUCUGAUGCCCACACGAUCAGCCGGUCCUUUCCCCAUACGUAUGGUCAGCCUUUGGCUCACUUCCUGAGAGCAACUGCCAAGGUCUCUGAGGCUCAGAUCAUAACAGAGCAUCCACCAAUGAAGGUGGGAGUGGUCUUCUGUGGGAGACAGUCUCCAGGAGGGCAUAAUGUCAUUUGGGGUCUUCAUGACGCUCUUAAAGCUCACAACCCUAACAGUAUUUUGCUUGGAUUUGUUGGUGGAAGUGAAGGUUUAUUUGCUCAAAAAAUUUUGGAAAUCACAGAUGAUGUUCUUUCUACUUAUAAAAAUCAAGGUGGUUAUGAUAUGCUAGGACGGACAAAAGAUCAAAUAAGAACAAUUGAACAAGUAAAUGCUGCAUUAGCUACAUGCAAAGCUUUACAGUUGGAUGCUCUUGUCAUCAUUGGAGGUGUCACAUCCAACACGGAUGCAGCUCAGCUUGCAGAAACAUUUGCAGAAGCGAAAUGUUCGACAAAGGUUGUAGGAGUUCCUGUUACUUUGAAUGGAGAUCUGAAAAACCAGUUUGUUGAAACUAAUGUUGGUUUUGAUACAAUAUGCAAGGUUAAUUCCCAGCUCAUUAGCAAUGUAUGCACAGAUGCUCUCUCUGCAGAGAAGUAUUACUAUUUUGUUCGACUCAUGGGCCGGAAGGCAUCUCACGUUGCUUUGGAAUGCACUCUACAGUCACGUCCAAAUUUGGUCAUUCUUGGUGAGGAGGUGGCUGCAUUGAAGCUUACUCUUUUUGACAUAACGAAACAAAUUUGUGAUGCAGUUCAAGCAAGGGCAGAUAAAGAUAAAUAUCAUGGAGUAAUCCUACUGCCAGAGGGUCUUAUAGAAAGUAUUCCUGAAGUGUAUGCUCUCUUGCAGGAAAUACAUGGACUGCAUGGACAAGGUGUUUCCAUUGAUAACAUAUCUGCACAACUGUCUCCUUGGGCAUCUGCCUUGUUUGAAUUUUUGCCACCCUUUAUUAAGCGACAGCUGCUCCUUCACCCUGAAUCAGAUGACUCUGCACAGUUAUCUCAGAUUGAGACGGAGAAACUCCUAGCGCAGUUGGUAGAGAAUGAGAUGAACAAGAGAUUGAAAGAAGGUACUUACAAAGGAAAGAAAUUCAAUGCUAUCUGCCACUUCUUUGGCUAUCAGGCCCGGGGUUCUUUACCAUCGAAGUUUGACUGUGACUAUGCCUAUGUUCUUGGGCACAUCUGCUAUCACAUUCUAGCUGCCGGUUUGAAUGGAUACAUGGCAACUGUGACCAACCUGAAAAAUCCCGUGAACAAGUGGCGAUGUGGUGCUGCUCCAAUUACAGCAAUGAUGACUGUAAAGCGAUGGUCGCGGGGUCCUAAGGCCAUCUCAAUAGGCAAACCUGCUGUUCACCCUGCUACUAUUGACUUGAAAGGCAAAGCAUAUGAGAUGCUGAGACAAAACGCCGCAAACUUUUUGAUGGAUGACUUCUACCGAAACCCAGGGCCUCUUCAGUUUGAAGGCCCAGGCUCAGAUGCUAAGGCCCUGACCCUGUGUGUCGAAGAUCAGGACUACAUGGGACGGAUCAAGAAGCUCCAGCAGUACCUUGACAAGGUGAAGUGCAUUGUGAAACCAGGUUGUUCACAAGAUGUACUGAAAGCAGCCCUUAGUGCCAUGGCUUCUGUUACAGACAUUCUUACUGUAAUGACUUCACCUUCCAGUGUUCAGACUCCCUUCUAAGUUAAAUGAAACUUGCCAUCUCCUUAAAGAGUCCAAGC